AUGCAACCUUUUUGUGAAAUUAACACCAGCGCAACUUCAGGGAUUAUCCAGCCUUUGUGGUGUGUCGCUCCGGUUAGCGUUGGAUUUGCCCGAAACUUUCUUGUGGGAAAAAGAGGACUCUGUUUGGGUAGGAGCGAACUUGUCGGCUAUAUUUCACUUCCAAUAACCGGCGACACCUGUUUUCCCGCCACUUGACGAGUACUCCCAGGGGACUAGAAAAUUGAGUAAUAUCAUAACGCCGUUCAUGAUCAAAGUAACCUGCACCAAUGGAAUUAAUGCAAUGUGAAGUGUAAUAAUUGGUGAAGAAGAGAUGAGCCUACUAUAUAAAUUUCUACGUUUUCAUUUUCUAACACUGAUUAUCUACAGUAAUAAUGAAAAUUUCAAUUAAAAAACAGUAAUAAUAAAUUAAAAAAAGAAAGAUCCAGCUCCAGCUCCAUUUUUUGAAAUUAUUAUAUUGCACUGUUGUUGGAAAUUUCAUGAACCGCUUCUCGAGGCAAAGAAAGAUUCCAAGAAAUAGCAGACAGAAGGUCAAGAGACUGGCAAGAAAGUCCAACACACCUGUUGGGUUACAGCCACUACAGCUAUUGCUUCUAAUUAAUGUCCUGACCUCACUUUGCAUCCUGCAUAUCUAGAUUUUGGGCAGUCCGAAAAACAGUGAAAACCUCAGCUGUUUUGUUUUCGGUUUUCUCAUUGGAAGUUGUAAAAUUGUAAUGGCUAUUUUGUUCUGUUUUUUGUUGAUUUUGGUGGAUGUUACUCUAGCCUCUGAUGGUCUUGUGCUCUCUCCCAAAGGUGUUAACUAUGAAGUGGCGGCAUUGAUGGCGGUGAAGAAGGACAUGGUCGAUGUGUUCCGGGUAAUGGAAGGUUGGGAUAUAAACUCCGUUGAUCCUUGCACUUGGGACAUGGUCGGUUGCUCUCCUGAAGGCUUUGUCAUUUCCCUUGAAAUGGCAAGCAAGGGAUUAUCGGGGACGCUAUCACCCAGUAUUGGGAAUUUGAGUCGAUUAAUGACUAUGCAAUUGCAGAACAAUCAGUUAAUAGGUCCCAUCCCAGCAGAGAUAGGAAAGCUUUCAGAGCUUGAGACUUUGGACCUCUCAGGAAACCAUUUUGCUGGAGAUAUUCCGAGCUCUUUGGGUUUUCUGACCCAUCUAAGUUGCCUGAAGCUCAGUAGAAACAAGUUAUCCGGACAGAUUCCUAAACUUGUUGCCAAUCUUACUGGACUUCUAUUUCUGGAUUUAUCUUAUAACAAUCUCAGUGGUCCCACACCAAAAAUACUUGCAAAAGGCUACAGUAUAACAGGGAAUAGCUUUCUUUGCUCUUCCGCACCUGCACAAAUUUGCAUGGGAGUCCCAAAUCCAGGGAAUGAGACAGUUUCAUUUCAGAAAGCCAGCAAUCACCAUCGGUGGGUGCUUUCUGUUGCUAUAGGUGUCAGUUGCACGUUUGUGAUUUCUGUAGUGCUGCUUGUUUGUUGGGUCCAUUGGUACAGAUCUCAGCUACUUUUUACAUCACACGUGCAGCAAGAUUAUGAAUUUCAUAUUGGUCAUUUAAAGAGGUUCUCAUUUCGUGAACUGCAACUUGCUACGGGCAACUUCAACUCUAAAAACAUCUUAGGUCAAGGUGGGUUUGGGGUGGUUUACAAGGGAUAUCUUCCAAAUAAGACAUUGGUAGCAGUUAAGAGGCUGAAAGAUCCAAAUUAUACUGGAGAAGUGCAGUUCCAAACUGAAGUUGAAAUGAUUGGCUUGGCAUUGCAUCGAAAUCUCUUACGAUUAUAUGGCUUCUGUAUGACACCUGAGGAGAGGUUGCUUGUGUAUCCAUAUAUGCCAAAUGGCAGUGUUGCUGACCGCUUGAGGGAGACUUGCCAAGAAAAACCAUCAUUGGAUUGGAAUAGACGAAUUCGCAUUGCCCUUGGGGCUGCCCGAGGACUACUAUACUUGCAUGAACAGUGUAAUCCAAAAAUAAUUCACAGGGAUGUUAAAGCGGCAAACAUUUUACUUGAUGAAAGUUUUGAAGCUGUAGUUGGAGAUUUUGGUCUUGCUAAGCUAUUAGAUCAAAGAGAUUCACAUGUCACUACUGCAGUGCGGGGUACUGUUGGCCACAUUGCACCUGAGUAUCUUUCAACCGGGCAAUCCUCUGAAAAAACAGAUGUUUUUGGAUUUGGUAUACUACUGUUGGAACUCAUAACAGGGCAAAAAGCAUUAGAUGCUGGAAAUGGUCAAAUUCAGAAAGGAAUGAUUCUUGACUGGGUUAGGACCUUGCAUGAGGAGAAGAGGUUGGAAGUUUUAGUUGAUAGGGAUCUGAAGGGAUGUUUUGAUGCAGAAGAACUGGAAAAGGCAGUGGAAUUGGCUAUGCAGUGUACUCAGUCACAUCCGAACCUGCGUCCAAAAAUGUCCGAAGUCUUGAAAGUCUUGGAAGGUCUUGUUGGACAGUCAGGAACAGAAGAAUCACAAGGUGGAUCCAAUAUUUAUGAGGCAAGGGUUUGCAGUUUCUCAAGAAAUUACAGUGAUGUACAUGAAGAAUCUUCAUUCAUCAUUGAAGCAAUGGAGCUUUCUGGACCUAGGUGAACAAGUUGUCAGUUUCUAAAUUCAUCUGUAAAUUUAUUUUCUGUUGCAUACAAAAUUCAGAUAUGAACAUUUUCUUGCUCAGAUUAAAGUAAGGAUAUACAUUAGGUAGAUAAAGCUAGAUGUAAAAAUUUUGGUUGUGGAUAGUUGGCUGAGUUUGUUAAAUGAUAGCUCUCCCUCAGUUGAAGCAGCUUGAUAUUCAA